AAAUACCCAUCGACCAUCAUUCGUUGCCACCACCAACUGAACACUCGAGGAGUGACUGGAGUGAGUGAUCUCCUUUUCUCUGUAAUAUUUUAAAUUCAUUCCAGGGCAUCGAAUUAGCUACAGAGAAGGGAAUUCAGAUUCUUUAAAAUGGCGAACGCCCUCUGCUUCUCGCCUGCUGCUUCCUUCAAAUCUCCAAGUAAACCAGGGCUAUUAACCGGCGCUACCAAUGGUCGAGAGGUUCUUCGGGUCGAUGUCGUGUUUCGAAACUCUCGAAAUGCUAGACUUCAAUCGAUUGAGGUCAAGGCUGCAGACAGUAGUAAUCAGAGCACGAAAUCAAAGAGCAUAGUCUGUGCUGAUUGUGAUGGAAACGGUGCAGUGUUGUGUUCCCAAUGUAAAGGUACUGGAGUAAAUUCAGUUGACCACUUCAAUGGACAGUUUAAAGCUGGUGGUUUGUGUUGGCUUUGCAGAGGUAAGAAAGAAAUUUUAUGCGGCAAUUGCAACGGAGCUGGCUUUGUCGGUGGAUUCAUGAGUAGUUUCGACUCUUAAAGAGUAUGUACAUGUCAGAUCUGGUGGAUGAAUCUCUGUUUGUUGUCUAGGAUAAAAAAAAAAGUUAAAACCAAUUUUGAGAUUUAAGAUUCAUCUAAACAAGUACCUUUAUUGUGUAAUAAUUUUUAUUAUUGAGUUCCCUUCCUUUCAUGAUGCUA